CAUACACACACACACACACACACACGUCUUAAAAGUAAAAUAGUUGAAAUGUAAGUAGCCUUGUCCAAACCACAACGGCCCAUAGAGUAACAGAUAUCUUCCUCUGGGAAAUAAAUACAUUUGACAGAGAUUCUCUCCUCAAAGAAAAAGAUUUACAAGUUCCCGCGUAUUUGCAGUAUUAUCACCUCGAUGUCACAGACCUGUGCGAGCUUUUGUGCCAAACACAUUACAUUGUUACAGGUGUCAAGCUUAUGGCAUGUGGCAGCAGUGUGUAGGAGGGAGGUUCCAAGGUGUGAGAAGUGUACAGAAGGGCAUGAGACAAAGGAAUAUGUAGCAUUGGGGAAAGUAGUGCCCCACCAAUUUGUAAGUCGCUCUGGAUAAGAGCGUCUGCCAAAUGACUUAAAUGUAAAUGUAAAUGCAAAUGUGUUAAUUGCAGGGGUGCCCAUGGGGCUGGGCAUCAGAAAUGAUCAGCGCGAGAGAAGCAGGUUGAGGUUUCCAGGGUUAGAGUAGUGCAGCAAUAGUUGUAUGCUGAGGCAGUGAAGGAAGUUGAGGAAAAUGGAUCAAGGGGGAGAGAUCCUGAGAAAAGGGGUGUGAGUUGUAGAUAUGUACCAGUACAAGUGAUAUAUCUUUCAGUAGGAUUGGAUUUUUAGAAUUUAUAGCAAUGGUUAUCAACUGUUACUGCAGGGAUGGAAUGUAAGUUGCAGAAAAUGGAGGUUCGGUGGCAGCUGCAGAGAAGUAUAUGGGUGUGUGAGACUUGACAUCAGGAGAGUUACAGGGUGUGUUAAGUGUCCCAUCCUUUCAGGUUGUUUGCCCAAGGUAGGACUAGAUACAUUUAAAUAGUGGAGUAGGGUGGUGUUAUUUAUUUUUUGUGAGUGUUGUGUUCGAUGGUUGGGUAUUUGUUUAUUUUGUUCAAACAAAGUAUAAGGGAGUUGUACUCCAGUCUAGUAGGUGGCGGUAAUGCAAUAUUUAUUGGAUGCCAACCGCGGUUAAACCUCAUCGAAGAAGAAGAGAGACCCUGAGAGAUGACUGCUCUGAGAGAUGACGUCGCAGCUGGACCCUAUUGGAAUCUCGAGCCAGGGCUCAGAACCUGGGUGACGUCACACAAACCUGAGCCAGGGAGAUUAAAGAUGUCGGAGAAGGUGCAGAACACCUUCAGGUUGCAGCUGUCCUCCAUCAUGGACUCCCUGCUCACUGCAGCCGUGUGUGAGAUCUCCAAGAUCUUUGAGGGCAGUCUGAGUGAGCAGCAGGCAGAGCUCACGCAGAGUGUAGAGGAGAUCUCAGCAUUGAAGGGGAAGCUGAGGCUGGCAGAGAUGAGGUUGAAGGAGGGUGGAAAAAUAAAGGUGUUGGAUGGUACGGCUGCCAACACCUCUGGGCAAACAGUCACUGACGUGACAACAAUUGCUGAGGUAGAAGAAGAAGUACCCGAUUGGUGCGAGCCUCUUCAGUCAGAAGAUUCUUUAAUUCCACCCUCGAAGAUCAAAAAGGAAAAUGAGUGGCCAUGGGUGGAUCUGCGACCACUGACUGUGUCUUUAUGGCGCAUCCCUAACAUCAAACAAGAGCAGGCUGAAGAUUUUGAUAACCACUUGCUGACAGCCCUAGCCAGGAGUCCUCCACGAAAAGGGUCUGCUGCGGAGCGGUUGUUAAACAGACGGUUAAAAGACAUACCUGAACUGAGCGCGGCCUGGUCAGGAUAUGGUUGUGGCUCAGUAGGGCGGGGGCGGGGGCUGAGGAAUACCCAUGGUAGUCUGUUGUGCACAUUCAAACAAGAAAAUCCGGAACCCCAGAGCAGCGUCUUAUUAGAUAAGAAUGUCUUGAGGCACAGCACAAGACAUGGAAAAGAUUGUGACUUACAAAGCAAACACAGAGAGGGGACACAUGGGAAAACGAGUGACAUAGUGAAAAAGAAGUUAGGAAGGAGAAGAAAGCAUUUAAAAAUGGAACCUAGUGCAGAGGAAGAAGCAACAACCAGUGGAACUGACAAGAGUUUCUGCUGCAAAUACUGUGGGAAGGGCUUUCACAGAGAGUUUGGUCUUUCUGUGCACAUGAGGUCUCAUAACAAGGGGACAUACAAAUGUCCUAAGUGUCCCAAAAAGUUUCCGUAUCCAAGUGCACUCCGGGUGCACACAUUGAACAGCCACGGCAAAACAGAAAAGAACAAACCUUGCUCUAACGUCAAAGAAAAGUUGAACUCUAUCAACCACAAAGUAAAAUCCCUCUCCCCCAGCAGAACAAAGCCUACUUCCCCCAACAACAAACCUCUCUCUUCCAGCAAGGCCAAACCUCUACCCCCCAAAGACAAACCAACCUCCCCCAACAACAAAGCUGGCUCCCCUAAAGGCAGCAUACAUCCACAACUUUAUUCUUGUCACGUUUGCCAUAAGGAGUACACUUCUGCAAAAUCCCUGCAGGACCACGAACACAUUCACACAGGUGAGAGACCGUACCCUUGUAACCAGUGUGGGCAGAGGUUCCGUGUAAAGCAGUUCCUGAUAUUACAUUUGCGUAAAGCCCAUGCGGAUGUGUACGGGGGUGAGGAGAGCAGCAGAUACCUCUCCUGGACUGCACCAGUGGAGGAUCCCAUUGCUAACGGUGCUGAGCAGCAACAUGCCAUUAAGUCAAAGAGGAAAGACGAUCGACGUGCAAAGGAAAACAGCAAACGGAAGCAAAUGACAGAAACAGACGGCCUGUUUCAAUGCACAGUGUGUAAAAAGCUGCUAAGUUCACAGAUGAGCCUCGUUCAACACUUCCGAAUCCACACAGGUGAGAAACCGCUCAGCUGCGAAGAGUGCGGCAAGAAAUUCCGCUGUCACCCCAUCUUGAUCAGCCACAGGAAGUCCGCCCACCCGGGGAAGAAGUACCAAUGCCUCAGGUGUGUUCAGCAAUUUGAGACCAUGGCUGAACGUAAGAGACAUCUACUACAAGUCCACCAAUUCAAGAAACCCAACCCGCGGUCCCGCUGUCCUCGCUGUAACAGGACUUUCCACAACAGUAACUCCCUGAGGAUCCACUAUGAAACUGUCCAUGCCUGAGUCUGUCCACACAUGGCUCGGCCUAGUCAAGUUGGAGUGUUCAGCAGGACCAGGAUCAAUUACAUUCAGAAAGUCAGAUUGUUACGUCCAUUUGAAGUUACAUUUGUGAUUUUAAAAGUGCUGUUUAUUUUCAAUUAGUCUUUUUUUGUCUGGCUGAGUGAAAAGCGAAUUGACCCCAACCCUGGUGGCCAAUGAAUUAACAUGAUGCUGAGAGAGGAUUCUAAAAGAGCAAAAACAUGUGAUUUGGUGGUCAAUGUUUGUGAUAUGGUGAUCAAUAUGGGUAUCACUGAUCAAACUGUGAUAUGUGGUUGCAGGAUCACAUUUUUUUAAAGUCAGUGCCGGACCAGUUUAUGGCAUUUUUUAUUUCAACGUCUUGGAGCCAUGUUUUAUGUUUUUAGUUUCUUGUAAACACGUCUCUAUCAUUUCUAUGUUAUUAUGACAUGUAACAUGUUAUUUGUACUGUACAUUCUCUAUGUUGUCAAGAAUAGCACAGGGAAUAUACUUUUGCUCCAUCAGUUUUUUUUACAUGAAUAAAAUGUAUUUACUGGA